ACAAGUUCCGAUAAUUUUCAAAGAGUGUCUUACUUUCUAGCCAUUGCCUCUUAAGUUUCUUGUUCAAUUCAAUUCCUUUCUCAAUCAUUUUCUUUUUUUGAGGAGUUAAUUGCCAUGGGAGAGCAAUUCGAAAUCAUUGCAAAUGAGGUAGAGCAAAUCCAAGUCGUUGAAAAUGGAUUAACUGAGGACACAAUUAUGGCACGUUUAAGUCGGGAAACCUAUCAUCCUUCCGGGACAGAGGAACACAGGGCAUGCAGUAUCUGCCAGGAUGAAUAUGCUGAAGGGGAUCUUCUUGGGAAACUGGAUUGUGGACAUGACUAUCAUUUCGAGUGUAUCAAACAAUGGCUUAUGAGGAAGAACUCAUGCCCCAUGUGCAGGCACAGAGCUCUGGCUAUUUGAUAAAGGAAUAUGCAAGUCUUUUAGUGGAAAUCUUGUUCUCCGUAGCUUGAUUGACUCAAGUUUGGAGCAUUUACUGACAGGAAUAAGAAGCCCACUGUCAUUAACAUGACGGUAGCUCCAAAGGACAAUACUUCUGGUGAGAGAGCAGCGGCAUUUACUUUUAAUAUAAAGGAAACUACUUG